GCGGUCAGCCAAACCACCGAAAACACUCAGCCUUCCAGGCACACAAGUCAAACUCAUAAAUAUUCGUAUAUACUCGUAUGUGUGGAGCAGCGGUUUUGUAUAGAUUUUCAUAAUUGUGUGCGACCACAUGAGUGUACACCUCAAGCUGAAGCUGUGCGCCCAGUCACUUGUGAACUCAACGAGUUACAACUUCGUUUGAUGCGAAGGCGCAGCUUUUUUACAUUUGAGGGUUCACUCACUAUACACUGCUGUUGUUGUUGUUGUUAUAUUGUCUUUUUGCGUGAAGUUCGAAACGGCGUGCUUUUGUCUGACGUCAAGGCAAAGACUCGCAGAAGUGUGUAUGUACAUAUGUAGUGGAAGUGCGUUAAAAAAGCUAUUAACUGGCAGAAAUUCAGUUUGCAAGUGUAGCGCUUUGCUGUUGAAGGUGAAGCUCAAAAUUGAAACGAUUGAAACGCUGCAUUGGUGAUUCGAUAUCAGUGCUAAGCGUUAGUGUGGCAAGUGUGCGCGUGAUUCAUACACUGAUGUACAUAGCUGCAAGGGUGUGCGGAAAGUGACGCAAAUAAUAUUCGAAAGCGCUUUCUUUGUUAUUGGCACAUUUCAAGUGCGGUCGUGUCAAUGUACGCCAGAUUUUGAAGCGAAACAAAUAAAGUGUCUGAAGUGCUGGUGUUGAAUAAAAAAUCUAAAAUUAUUUUAUAUUUCAAAAGUAAAGUGUUUAAACGCCAAAAAAGAACUUAGAAAAUCCUUGUGAAAUUUGGAAAGCAGCGCAUGUCGUGUCACAACUUCCAGUAUGUGGCAAAUUGCUUGAACACAAAAAGCUCUAAAUUCCAAAAAAACACAAAACAAGCAAAUAAGCAACAAGUUGUUUAAUACAAAAGAAAAACAUUUUUGCUGAAAACUGCUUAGUGCACGAGAAAAAAGCUGAUCGCGCUCAAAACCGCUUUUCGCAACUUCGCUCAACUUCACUUCUCCCAUAAAACAGCGCUCAAAUCGUCUCUCAAACAACACUCAACAACAAGAGCGCAUUGGCACAGUGAGACAUUUCGCAUUUGGAAUUAUUUACCUGUUUUGUAUCAGCUGUCUCUAAUACGAAUUCAUCGAUCGUGAGACAGGUCUUGCGAAUCCGGCGCUGGUCUAUGAUGAGCUAGACUAUCCACACCUAUAUUCACAGUUCGACGGCGGUGGCGCAAUAACGAUGACCAGCAAUAUGGAUCUCCACCAACCACCUGCCUACAUAGUCGACGCCGCCGAUAGCAUCGAUGGUGAGAGUCGAGAGGGCACACCCGAAGAGUUGGAACAGGAAGAUAACGAGGAGAAGAGUACACGUUGUGUGCCGGAUUUUCAGUUCUCACUCGUCGAAUCGGAAUAUGAUGAGACGCUGGCGUUCCCCGAUUCCGUGACGAUAUUGUCGAAUGUCGGCGAUAAGCCAGUGCUAGUGCAGCGCAAAGACACCGAUGACGAUGACGAUGAGGAGGAGGGUGCCAGCGCGUUGCCAGGUCAACCGGCAGAGAUACCAUACACCUCUAUAUAUGCGCCGAGCAUGAAAUUCAAUUCCUUUCAGCGUAAAGUAUUCAUACCCGGCAUGGAGAUACAAGUGCGCAUAAUCGACAAUGAGCGCAGUGUGACGACGCACUUGUUGAAUCCAAAUUUGUAUACCAUCGAACUGACGCAUGGUCCCUACACGUGGACCAUUAAAAGACGCUACAAACAUUUCCAUUCGCUGCAUCAGCAGUUGACACUCUUCCGCACCUCACUCAAUAUUCCAUUUCCGAUGCGUAGUCACAAAGAGAAGCGUGCCACAAUCAAAAAAGCAGCCAUACAAAUGGCCGAUGAGGCGCGUCUGAAGUCCAUGCAGCAGUCGCAGACGCAGACUACGCUGUGUGAGGGGAGCGAGAAAUCGCAAUGUAACGGUAACAAUAAUGCCACCAGUACUACGGCCUUGGCUAGAACAAGCAGUAGUCCUCUGGCAAACCUCGGUAUUAUGGGCAGGAAAAGGAAGAAGAAGCGAAAGCUGCCACGUUUUCCCAAUCGACCCGAGUCGCUUAUAACGGUCGAAUCACUGCCCAUGCGUAUAAAACAGUUGGAAGAUUAUCUGUACAAUUUACUGAACAUCAGUCUGUAUCGAAAUCAUCACGAUACGUUGACCUUCGUCGAAGUCUCAAAUGUCUCGUUUGUGUCCGACCUCGGCAUUAAGGGUAAGGAGGGCGCUAUACUUAAGCGUACCGGCUCCACGCGUCCCGGUCAGGCGGGUUGCAAUUUCUUUGGUUGUUUUCAGCAGAAGUGCUGUGUGCGCUGCAGUUUCUUCUGCUCGGACGUGCUUUAUGGCAAAUGGCGUAAUCGUUGGUUUUUCGUCAAGGAGACUUGCUUCGGCUACAUACGUCCCAACGAUGGUGUGAUUAGAUCUGUGAUAUUAUUCGAUCAGGGCUUCGACGUCUCCACUGGCAUCUAUCAGACGGGCAUGCGUAAGGGGCUGCAGGUGCUCACCAAUAGUCGUCACAUUAUACUCAAGUGCUGGACGCGUCGAAAGUGCAAAGAGUGGAUGCAAUACCUUAAGAAGACUGCAAAUAGCUAUGCCCGCGACUUUACCUAUCCCAAUCCGCACAUGUCUUACGCGCCUGUGCGUUCGGGUAUUCAAGCAAGUUGGCAUGUCGACGGUUCGGCUUAUAUGGGCGCCAUAGCGGAUGCGCUUGAGGAGGCUAAAGAGGAGAUCUACAUUGCUGAUUGGUGGCUGAGUCCAGAGAUUUAUAUGAAGCGGCCCGCCGUGGAUGGUGAUUAUUGGCGUUUGGAUAAGAUACUACAUCGCAAAGCGUCACAGGGCAUUAAAGUAUUCGUGCUACUCUACAAAGAGGUCGAAAUGGCUUUGGGCAUUAACAGUUACUACAGCAAACAGAGGCUUUCACAUGAGAAUAUAAGAGUUCUCCGACAUCCAGAUCAUGCGCGCGCUGGCGUGUUCUUUUGGGCUCAUCAUGAAAAGAUAGUUGUGGUCGAUCAGACCUACGCCUACAUCGGUGGUCUGGAUCUUUGCUAUGGCCGUUGGGAUGACCAUCGACAUCGUCUAACUGACCUUGGCAGCAUAUCCACUGCUUCUGCUUCGGGUAGCACACGACGUCUGGGCGGUUUCUUUACGAAAGACGAUGCAGACUCAGCCUUUGGUUCGCAGAAGUCCUCACGCAAGGGUGCCAAUGUAAAUAUCGACCUACAGAAGAGAGAACAAUUGAGCGCAAAUAUUGAAGAACACCAAUUUGAAGAGGUUGAGCUGCGCACAUUGUCGCCAGGUGAUAAACUUGUGAUACCUGAAUUGCUUUCAUCCAGCACUGGCGAACCAAUCGCCAUUGAGGGCAUGAAAUUAAACACACCCGAGAUGGAGCGUAAGAAUGUUUUGGAGAAAAUCACUACAAAUGCGAUGCGUAAGGGCAAGGAUUUGGUGAACCGGCUUACAAUGAACGAACAUGAACGCGGUGCGGGUGACAAGUCGCCGGAUGUGUUAAAAGACCCCAAACAGCUGGUGUUCACUAUUGAUGAAGUGGAAACGGGGCGCCUCGGCGGUCUAGAAGAUCCCACACCAUUCCAAACGCAAAUACUGAACGAUUACUAUGGUCAAGCCAAGUAUUGGUUCGGUAAGGAUUACUCCAAUUUCAUACUCAAAGACUGGAUGAACUUAGAUGCGCCACUCGUCGAUAUCAUCGAUCGCUCCUCAACACCACGUAUGCCUUGGCAUGACGUGGGCGUGUGUUUAGUGGGUCCAGCAGCGCGCGAUGUGGCGCGUCAUUUCAUACAACGCUGGAAUGCAGUGAAGCUGGAAAAGAUGCGCGAUAACGCCAACUUCCCAUAUUUAAUGCCAAAGAGUUACCACAACAUCAAGUUGAAUCCAAAUAUCGUGCUGAAGCGGCAGAAUCGUGUUACAUGUCAGCUGUUGCGCAGCGCAUCUUCAUGGAGCUGCGGUUUCAUCGAGCAGGAUUUGGUUGAACAAAGCAUACAUGACGCUUACAUACAAACCAUAACGAAGGCGCAGCACUUUAUCUACAUCGAGAAUCAAUUCUUCAUCACCAUGCAGUUGGGCGCGACCGGCGCGUAUGGCAAUGUGCGCAAUCAGAUUGGUGAGACGCUCUUCAAGCGGAUCGUGCGCGCGCAUAAAGAGCGCAAGACCUUCCGUGUAUAUGUGAUCAUACCACUACUGCCUGGCUUUGAGGGUGAUGUGGGUGGCAGCACUGGCAAUGCGGUGCGCGCAAUCACGCAUUGGAAUUACGCAUCGAUAUCACGCGGUCGUUCAGCAAUACUCACACGCCUGCUGGAGGUCGGCAUAAAAGAUCCCGGUGAAUACAUCUCCUUCCACAGUCUACGCACAAACUCACAACUCAAUAACAUGCCAAUCACCGAACUUAUUUAUGUUCACUCCAAGUUGCUGAUCGCCGACGAUCGUGUUGUAAUAUGCGGCUCGGCAAAUAUCAACGAUCGUUCAAUGAUUGGCAAACGAGAUUCUGAAAUUGCUGCUAUCAUUACCGAUGAAGAGUUUGAAGAUGGACGCAUGAAUGGCAAAAAGUACCCAAGCGGCGUAUUCGCUGGCAGACUGCGCAAAUUUCUAUUUAAGGAGCAUUUAGGUUUACUGGAUCCAGAUGCGGAUCGCAUGCCAAUCGAUGUGACGGAUCCGGUGAUUGAUCAGUUUUGGAAUGGCAUGUGGCGACGCACUGCAACACGUAAUACUGAGCUAUACGAGGAGGUAUUCAAAUGUUUGCCCACUGAUAAGGUGAAAUCAUAUGCGGACCUGAGGAAAUAUCAGGAAGAACCGCCACUAUCUAAGUCCGAUCCGGAAAUGGCAAUGAAGCGUGUGGCAAAUAUACAGGGUUUCCUAGUCAACCUACCAUUGGACUUCCUCAACAAAGAGGUGUUGACACCGCCUGGCACCAGCAAAGAGGGACUCAUUCCUACCGCCGUGUGGACGUAGUUACAGGCAUGCAUUUACACUGCUAAAACUUUGCUAAAAUGUAUUUAUUAUUAUUAUUAUAAAUAUUAACUAUUAUUAAUUUUAUUAUUUUUUUUAUUUUUAUUAUUUUUUCAUUUUUAUUAUUUUUUAUUUUUAUUCUUUUUAUUUUUAUUAUUAUUUUAUUUUAAUUAUUUUAAAAAUUUUAUUAUUUUAUUAUUAUAACCAUAAUUGUAUAUUGAGAAGCGUUAAGAAUUGACAAGUUUAAAGUGCUUUAUUAGCUUGUAAGCGUAGCAUAAGGCUUUGUUGACUUCAUAACAUUAACUUUUAAUUAGAACUUAGUUAUAGACUAUAAAUUAACGAUUAUAAAUAUUUUUGCGACAGUAUUUUAGUAUUCGAAGCUAUUUUACGAACAUCUAUUCCACUGUAAAUUACUUGUCAUAGAUUUAAAUAAACUAUUUUUAAUAGAAAAUCAAAAUAAACUAUAUCUUGUUAGAAAAUAUAAUGAUUUUUCAUCACAAUAAUAAUAUAUUUUUUCGAAACACAAAGCUUAAGCAACAAAAUACUGUUAAACUUCCAUAACUCGAACUCUUGAAUGGGCAAUAGAGGUAAAAUUUCAUAAAAAUUACCUUUCUUCACUCGGAAGUCUCUCGAAGUCGAAGUUUUUUUUGUGGAUUUUGGUGAUUCGAGUUAGGGAAGUUCAACUGUAUGUGUACAUAAUUUAUCUGUUGAUAUAUCUCAGAUUCACUAAUUUAAACGCCUGGCUAUACAAGACUGUAUAUGAACCUCUGGCAAGGAAGGCACAUUAAAUUAUUAGCUACACUGGUUUUUGAGCUUCGCAGAAGUUUUAUUUAACACUGCUGAUCGUGAUAGGGUCUAAUGGACUUUAAGACUGUCUGGAAUGUUGCCUAGCUUCUUCUACUUAGCUCUCAGCGAGACCACUGUCUUAAAAACUUCCGUAAAUGCAUCGCAUUCUGCCAACAAUUGGACUUAAGCUACCUGAACUGAGCAGGAAUCAUGGCCGGCUAAAAUUUCUCCUCUUAGGAAUACGUCCAAGAACUAUUUGGUACAUCUUUUAUACACCAGCAACCACAGUGCAAUCAAAUAGUGCUCUAUUCAUGCAUGAUCCUUGCUAUUCCGAUCUCUAAUUCUACGACCAGCAGCUUUCAAUAGAAUCGAGCCUACCUUACGGAAGUUUCAGCAAUGCUCCUUUGGUCCAGGCUGCUUGCUGUGCCUUCACCUGCACACGAAGAGUAGUAAGAAUCCAUCUCGGGAUGAUACACCGUUUUAAUAUCUUUUUCCUAAGCCAAUAUAGCCGCCAACGUCAUUUUACUUUUAGUUAAAUUAAAGUAACACUAAAUGUAAUAUCAAAAUUAGGAUUCACAACCAACAACUUUAAACUUUUUUAUGACAAAUAAUUUACAAAAACACAGAGAGCUCAGCAAAAACAUAAUUUAAGCUGCAAGCUCACAUACAGAUGUCGCUGUAGAACGCGCGGAAGCCCACACGAUUUGUCAACAUUGCUAUUUCCACUUAGCAUUAAACUUACUCAAAGGCCCAUUAUUAGUAGUAGUGAUGAAGCGCAAAGUAAACAAGAGAAUAAAGAAGAGUAUAAAUGCUACGCUCAUCAAAACAAAUGACUAAAAACAAAGUUAAGAAAAGCAAAAGCAACUGAAAACACAUUGAGGCAUGCUAAACAACAAGUAAACGCUGAGAGCGAUAAUAACAACAACAGAGCUACACACUGGAAGAAGGUAAAAGUCAAAUGCAAACAACUACAAUCAAAAGGCAGCAGCGCUCACGCCAACAAAAAGCGCUCUUGAGUCCAACAUCAAAUGUCAACGAAUGCAACGACUACACAGCGACAGCGGCGAUUGUCGGCAGCGGAGGGUGCAAUGGCAGCGCCGCUUUCAAAGCGUAGUAACUUUAGCAUAAGCGCGGUUGGCUGGGUCAGUUCGUCGUCUCGUUUCGUGUGGUUAGGAGUCGAAUUGCAUUGAAUUGGCAAGCAAACAGGCGAGUAAGCAUUGAACAGAGUUUUUUGUGCGAAUUUGUACGGAUAAAUUUGUUGAAUAAAGUUAAAAUUUUUGACAAAAUUGUUUAAUUAAACGGUGCAUACAACGGUAAACAGCAAGUUUAUGGCAAAAGUGAAAUUGAAGCCUCGCAAAAUGGUGUUGUGUGUGCGUGAAAGCGAAAUGAAGAUGAAGUGCAAGUGAAUUGGAACUGGCGAACAGCGAGUGCGGCCAGAAGAGAAAAGUUUGUGCAUGUGCCGGGGAGAGUGCGGCGAACAACAAGAUAAAAAAUCAAACAAACGCUUACUAAUGUGUUCAAGUUCAAGAAGAGUGAUGGCAAUAGAAAUUUGAAUAAUUCAUUAAAAAAACAACAACAAGAAAUCAACUAAAAACAACAACAACAAAAAAUCCACCAACAACCAACGCGUUCAUUCAUAUUCAUUAAAAUGCAAAGCAAACUAAUUUUGUAUAUGUUAAUACAACAACAACAACAACAACAACAACGCAUUACCAUAACUAAAAACAACAAAAAUCACUUAAACUAUAACUCUACACGCUCGUUCACGUAAUUUACGCCCCAACAACAAAGUGUGUUUGCCAGCAUAUUCAUGUUUUGUAUAAAUUAAAUAAGAUUAAGUGUGAGCAAGCAAGUGAACAAAAUAAAAAAACAAAAAUAAAAAUAGAAAUAAAAACCAACAAGAACAAAUUGCAACUCAUCGAGUAGUGAAAAAAUCUAUUACCGUAAAAUUUAUGCGUUCGCUGACGUUUUGCGAACCGUUAGAAUUUUUCACACGCUCAGCGCGCUUACACAGGCGACCGACCGCAGAGUCGCAAACGCCACGAACAAGAAGUUCUUUUGCGAAAUUAGCGAACAACUGACUGACUGUCAGGCAGGCUGACGGCCGCACAAGCGAAGCGGAAGGCGAGGAAGUAGCCAGCGGCUAAGUUCAUUCUAAGUGCAUUGGCGGCCAUUUAGUGCGACGACCAACAAAGAGCUAUUGUGCACGAGUAGAUUAUAAGCCGACCACGUAUAACAGCAUUAGUGUGCCUGUGUGUGUGUGUGUGUGAAGUGCAUAAAAAGUUGAAAUGCGAAAAAAGCAAACAACGCGUGAAACCGGUUACUUGUUGCAGUUGUAUUUGAACCCUUCCGUGCAAAAUAUAAAUAAAUAAAUAAGAAA